UUUGAUAAAUUUUCUAUAGACUAAUAUAACUAAUAAAAAUAAAUCGCAUCCAGUGAGAUGAGAAUCAAUAAUGGAUAAAUACACAUACAGUGAUGAUGAAGAUGACGCUGUUGACAGACUUUCGUUGAACGUGGGAGGUGUCAAAUUUGAAACUUACACGACUACUUUGCAGAACAUAUCAGAUACGAGAUUAGCAUGGUUGACAGAAAAUGUUGACCCGGAAAUUCUCCACACUAAAGAAUUCUUCUUCGAUCGACAUCCCGGUGCAUUUGUGCAUAUUUUAAAUUAUUACCGGACGGGUAAGCUUCACACGCCAACUGAUAUGUGCGGACCGGCGUUCGAAGAAGAACUGCAAUUCUGGGGAAUCGAUGAAAAACAAAUGGAACCAUGCUGCUGGGAGACGUUUACUAAGCAUCGUGAAGCUGAGGAAAAUUUACGUAGCUUUGAAGGUCCUGGCUUUGAAGAUCUACGAGCUACAAGCAGUCGCAAAAUAUCGACAUUUUCGAACCGUUUUGUUUCGCGUGAAUAUUUGAAUAUCGAUUUGGAGAAAAUUUGGCAGAUCUUGGAGGACCCACAUUCGUCACAACUCGCCAGGAGAUUUUCGAUCCUCUCCUGUCUGAUGAUAGUCAUAUCUGUUUCACUGUACUGUGUGGGAACAAUGCCAGCGUUGAAAGAUAAUCAAGUCAUCCAAGUGAUCAAUUACAUUUGUCUCGUUUUCUUCACGAUGGAAUUCUUAGCUCGAAUAAUUGUAACACCGUCUCGUAAAUCGUUUCUAAAAGACUACAAAAAUUGGAUCGAUUUUGCAUCUUUGCUACCAUCUUACUUGGUGUUAAUAUUCCCGAUUGACGUCAUCAAAAAUAUGGUGAUUAUUCGAACACUUCGACUUUUUAAAUUCUUUAAAUUGUCGUAUGGUUUACAAGUACUCAUUCACACCCUGAAAGCGAGCUCUUACGAAUUGACUCUGUUAUUAUUUAUCUUGCUCAUCCCAGUCGUAAUAUUCUCAAGUCUCGUACAUGCAACAGAAAACGCUUUCGAUAAAGGCACGACUAAGUUCGAUUCGAUUCCGACAACUUUUUGGUGGUGCAUUAUCACCAUGACAACAGUCGGUUAUGGCGAUUUAACUCCUGAGACUUGGGCCGGUCAAAUUAUUGGAUCUGUAUGUUCAAUCUUUGGCUUGCUUAUAGUGGCUUUACCUAUUUCGGUGAUUGGUAGCAACUUUACGUUAUAUUAUGCCCAUGUAAAAGCGAGAUUAAAAUUGCCGAAAAAAAAUCGAACUUUACUCCAAGGAAAUUUACGGGGGUUAUUACGGCAGCCAUUAAGUUUAUCGUCAAGAGAUCGAGACCGAAAAACGUUACGGCGAAAUAAUAACAACGCGAUACGACGAAAGAAUGAAGUUGUAUCUCCAAGCUCGUUUCAGUUGCAGUUAAAAAGAAGAAAAGCAUUUGAUCAAAUAUCUGGAAAUACAUCCGACGGCACACCUGGUACUGAGACUCCUUCAUCAAAAUACAUUAGCAGUGAUUUAAUAACUAAUGCAAAUGCUAAUCAAGCGAGAGGACCGGGACGAAGUGGUGGUCGAAGGGCCGCGAUGUUUGCAAUCGAUUUAUCAGACAAUGGGUCUGUGACGUCAGAAGGUGACACCGAUACAGGCUUGCUUAGGAAUUCUUAUGUCGAUGAAGCAUCUAUGGCUGAUACACCGACGCAUAAAGAUACCUUGCAAGAUAAAUCGAGUGAGCUUAAUAAUGAAGAAGUCCUGGUAGAUUUAGAAUGCUACUCCUCCUGCGAUGAUUUUAAUGACGAUGUAUUCGACGUGAAAGAAAAGACGAGACACACGGAAGAAAAUGUGGUUAAACACGAGCAGGAGGAGAAAGCAGAUUCUACUAACUGUUCAGAGAUUUCACAGAGACCGGUUAACAAUGGAAACAUCAGCACGGACAAACAUGAAAACAGUGAGAAGGAGAACAAACACAGUAGCAAAAGCUGUGAGGAAGAGAGCGCGAGCAAAGAAUUGUGCGACAACAACCAUGUUUAUAACAACCGACGCAAUAAGCUAAGCCAAUUAAAAAAUAAUACGAGUAAAACAAAUUGUCCUACACCUCGAACUCAAAGACGAGGUGCUUUGGCUUUGCAGCCUGCCAUAUCAUCGUCGGAGGAGAGUGACGGGGAGAACAUAGAAGCGAUAAACUCCGUUGUAAAUUUUAAUUUGCCUUCUACUAAAGAACUACAUUUAAAAAAUACGUUUAAUUCCGACGCAUACAUGAGGGUAGCUUCCGAUUCGGAUUUAACGGACACAAAACGACGAAUCUCUAUGAAGAUGAUGACAAGUUUUGACCAUAAACUUUUAAGUAACGCAGACAGAAAUAACCAUAGGCCGUUAAAGCGCGCCAAAACGACCAAUUGUCAAGAGCAUCAGAAAGAAAAACCUUUUUUCAACAUCAGUAAUAUAAUGAAAGAGGCGUGUGACUCUAGGAGAGAAAACGGAAUUGCCUCGGGACGAAGACAUAAAAAUAGUGACGACGUUUCAUGUACGACUGGUUCAUCGAGUUCACUUUCAAGAAUCGACGAUGGAUCAGAAUGUUCCAUAAGCACGGGUAAUAUGCUUGAACCAGUAAACAGACAGGAAAAUAGUUGGGAUAGCAGAGUCAAAAGCGAGAACGACAUAGUAAGCUUUAAAAUCCUAUCGCGUCAUAAAGCGUUGAAAGAAUCAGGUGUAUAAAGAAAGCAACUUUCUUACCAGUCCUUUUUUCAAGUACUUAAUUCUUAUUCAAAUAUUGGCCUGUGGUCCAAUUUGACGGUUACCGAAAAUUUUUUCUUAGUUCAGGCUGCUGUAAACACGUUUGGUAGCUAAGUGUUUUUUUUAAAAUAGUUGUUUUUUUUGGUUUAGCCUCGCAAAUCUUAUUGUUUUGACAAUUCAGGGUCAUAUUCUUUAAUACAUUCUUCGCGUGUCAUUCAGUCUGGCAACAUACAUUAUCCCUCAUAUUCUUAUAGAUGCUAUUGUUAACAAUAAUUGCUAACUGACGAGCAAGCAUCAAAAAAGUAAGAAAACAAAUCACAACCUCGUUCCCAGGGUCUUGUGGUCCCUGAGUUGUUAUUACGAAGUGAUUUUAUAAACAAAACAAAAUGCCCUAGGAACGAGGUUGGACAAAUUAAUCAUUUUCAUGUUUCGGGUAAAAGUUGAGCCUUAGCAUACUUUUGACCCUUUUUAGCCUCAAUAUUCUCAAAAAGAAUUAGUUUGCCCCUUUGUUGCUUUACCAAUAAGUUACUUGCAAUAAAAUCUCGACUAAAGGACACAUAAAAAAUCGAAAAAAAACACGUGAGAUUGACUAAUAAAACAAAGACCGGGCGCUCAUUGUUUUUACGGGGCGAGGUAAUAAUUUGAACUGUUAAGAUUUGUGCGACGAGCUAAAUUUAGAAAUAUUAGCACCCUAGACAAGCUAAAAAUGUAUUUUGCCCUAGUCUUCUAGAUAUUAUUAACAUCGAUCAAUCUAUUUAUCGAUCGAUGCAAAUCUUUGUCCUCUUUCCCCCUGAGCACUUCAGUCUUAUAGGGCCAUGAUAAAAUAAAAACUAGGUAAUUUCCCCAAUUUCCCUUCGCAUUAAAUUGCAUUAAUUUGUUGUUGUUGUUGUUGUUGUUUUAUAUCCUGUUAUUACAGUUUAUUUUCUUGCACAGAAAUCUUAUUAUUAUUGUAUAAAUUAUUAAUACAUUGAAAAUUUUUAUUACAUUGAAUAAAGAAAUUUUUGAACUCA